GCAGAUUGUAACAAAGGGGAAGUAGACCGCAAGUAGGAAGAGGAGCCGGGGAUAUCUACGCUGUUUUUUUAGGUGACGCAGCCGAGCACCGUGUACUGGGAUAUGGAAGAUGGCGAGUUUGGAGACAGCCGCGGAACACGAACGGAUCCUGCGGGAGAUUGAGAGCACCGAUACCAAUUGCAUUGGACCCACUCUACGGUCAGUGUACGACGGCCAGGAGCAUGGCCUCUUCAUGGAGAAGCUGGAGGGGCGGAUCCGCAACCACGACCGCGAGAUCGAGAAGAUGUGCAACCACCACUUCCAGGGCUUCGUGGACUCCAUCACGGAGCUGCUCAAAGUGCGGGGGGAGGCGCAGAAACUCAAGAGUCAGGUGACGGAGACCAACCAGAGGCUGCAGAAUGAUGGGAAGGAGCUCCUGACGACGAUGGACGAGCUGAGGCAAUGUCGUCUGCAGCAGAGAAACAUCGCCACGUCCAUCGACAAACUGACCCACUGCCUGCCAGUCCUGGAGAUGUACAGCAGACUACAGGAGCAGAUGAGGGCCAAAAGAUACUACCCGGCGCUGCGGACCCUGGAGCAGCUGGAGCAGACCUGCCUGCCGCAGGCCGGCCAGUACCGCUUCUGCUCCAUCAUGGCCGAGAACAUCCCGUGCCUGCGCACGCAGAUCCGCGACGUCUCCAUGUCCGACCUCAAGGACUUCCUGGAGAGCAUCCGCAAGCACUCGGACAAGAUCGGAGAGACCGCCAUGAAGCAGGCGCAGCUGCAGCGGAGCUUGGACAGUACCCUUCCUCACCAGCAGAGGGCAGGCAGCGGACGGAGAGCCAGGAAGGAGGCCGGGCAGGGCACGGAGCUGGACGGUCAGGGUAGCAGCCCGCUGUCUGAACAGGACUCUGGGAUACUGGACGUGGAGGAUGAGGAGGACGACGAGGUGCCCGGAGCUCAAGAUCUGGUGGACUUCUCGCCGGUGUACCGCUGCCUCCACAUCUACACCGGGCUGGGCGCCCGGGACGCGUUUGAGAGCUACUACAGGAAGCAGAGGAGGAAACAGGCACGCCUGGUCCUGCAGCCUCACUCUAACAUGCAUGAAACUCUGGACGGGUACAGAAGGUACUUCAAUCAAAUCGUGGGGUUCUUUGUGGUGGAGGACCACAUCCUCCACACGACCCAGGGCCUGGUGAACAGGGCCUACGUGGAGGAGCUGUGGGAGCUGGCCCUGUCCAAGACCAUCGCUGCUCUGAGAACGCACUCGUCUUAUUGCACUGAUCCUGACCUGGUUCUAGAUCUGAAGAACCUCAUUGUGCUCUUUGCCGACACUCUGCAGGGCUAUGGUUUCCCAGUCAACCAGCUGUUCGACAUGUUGCUGGAGAUCCGAGACCAGUAUGGAGAGAUUCUGCUGAAGAAGUGGAACCUGACCUUCAGGCAAAUCCUGGACCAGGACAACUACAGCCCCAUCCCCGUGGCGACGGAGGAGGAGUACAGGUGCAUCACGGGACAGUUCCCCUUCCAGGACCCCGAACUUGAAAAGAUGCCCUUCCCUAAGAAGUUACCCUUCUCUCAGUUUGUGCCCAAAGUCUACAGCCAGCUGAAGGAGUUCAUCUAUGCCUGCCUCAAAUUCUCAGAGGACCUACACCUGAGCUCCACGGAGAUCGACGACAUGAUCCGCAAGUCCACCAACCUGCUGUUGACCCGAACCCUGAGCCACUGCCUCCAGUACGCCAUCAAGAAGAAGAACGUGGGCCUGGCGGAGCUGGUGCAGAUCAUCAUUAACACCACUCACCUGGAGCAGUCCUGUCAGUUCCUAGAGGGGUUCAUCUCCAACAUCACCAACGUGCCCCCCGACACCGCCAACGCCACCAAGCUCUACGGCACCUCCACCUUUAAGGAUGCACGCCAUGCUGCCGAGGAAGAGAUCUACACCAACCUGAACCAGAAGAUCGAUCAGUUCCUGCAGCUGGCCGAUUACGAUUGGAUGGCGGCGCAGGGGGGCGGGGAGGCCAGCGACUACCUCAGCGACCUCAUCGCUUUCCUCUGCAGCACCUUCGCCGUGUUCACACACCUGCCCGGCGAGGCCAUAGAGCACGCCACCAUGCCGGGUAAGGUGGCUCAGACGGCCUGCAUGUCUGCCUGUAAGCACCUCUCCACUUCGCUGCUGCAGCUGCUCCUGGAGGCUGAUGUCAGGCAGGUCUCCAUGGGGGCCCUGCAGCAGUUCAACGUGGACGUCAAGGAGUGCGAGCGGUUUGCCAGAGCCGGCCCGGUGCCUGGGUUCCAGGGAGACACACUGCUGCUGGCCUUCAUCGACUUGAGACAACUGUUGGACCUCUUCACCCAGUGGGACUGGUCCACUUACCUGGCGGACUACGGCCGUCCCACCUGCAAGUACCUGAGGGUCAACCCCCACACCGCCCUGGCCCUGCUGGAGAAGAUCUCUCGCGCGAUGAGGGACACCAGUCGAAAGAACAACGUGUUCGCCCAGUUCCGCAAGAACGAGCGGGACAAGCAGAAGCUCAUCGACACCGUGGUCAAGCAGCUGAGGAACCUCAUCUCUGCCCACCAGUCCUAAGCGCCCCGCCUCGCUUAGCUGACUGUAGCCACGCCCCCCCCCUCCCCCUCCCUGUAGUUCUAAUCUACCGCUUCGUCCUAGGGACGCUCGCGUGACCAGAAGAAACCGGCUGUGCCCAAACACUCCCGCUACGGGGAACACUUCCACCGCCCACCCCCCCCCACCCCACCC